AUGUGUCCACGUAUUGUACGUGAAGCCUUAUACAAAUAUCAAGAUGAAGCUGAAAAAUGGCCUGAUCAAUGGAUACGACGAGAACUGAAAGGGGAAUGGGACAAAGCAAGAGCCGUACUUGCACAGUUUGUCAACGCGGAUGUUGAUGAAAUUGCCUUUAUACCAAGUUCUAUAACUGGAAUUAAUGCUGUGCUGAAAAAAUCUAGACUAGACGCGAAUAAUGGCAAAGUCAAUCUGAUCGAAGUCGAUGUGAUUGAUGCAUCCCUGUCUGAUGAAGAAUUAAUUAAGCGUACGGAAUGCAUUAUCGAAGAAAGCCAAACUCGGAAUCAAAGCAAGCUGUUAUAG